UUGAAUAAAAACCACCCAAUCCGUCUGCCCAAUCACACAGACAAGAACCCACUAUUCUCUCCGUCCAUUUCUUCGUAUUCUUAGGUCUAUUGAUGCUCCCCAGACUGGAAUCUUGGGGCUUGAAGAGGUGAAAAGGGAAGGGUUGUUUUCGCUUUCUUUUGUUACAUUGUUCUUGGGGUUUCUGGGACUUGGUUUGAGAUGGAUCAAGAAAACAUGGUUGUUGUAUCUGAUGAGAACAAUGGAGCCUCGAUUAAACCCAGAAAUGUUCAAGGUGGGGCAGAGAUGGAUGGAAGAAAGUUUGGAAUGGAGGGGAGGCAGAACAGGAGAGUUUUGAGUGUAAUAAAUCAGAAUCUGGGAGCUCAUCCAUACCCAUGUGUUGUUAGGAAGAAAGAAUUAUCAGAAAAUAGGGUGGGUGACAAGAAUCCUGGUAUACCAGCUAAUAGGCCAAUCACAAGAAAAUUUGCUGCCCAAAUUUCUGACUCCCAGCAGCAACAUUGUCAUGAGGAAAACAAGAAGCCAAGAACUGUGGCUGAUGAUGAUGAUGAAGGUGGUGAUAAAGACCAGCCAGUUCCUAUGGCUUUGGAGCAUACAGAAAUGGUGGUUUCAAAUGAAAAGACUCAAAUUGAGGAGGUUGAAAUGGAGGAUAUAUUUGAGGAUGCUGUAUUGGACAUUGACAGUGGUGAUGCCAGGAAUCCUCUUGCAGUUGUUGAAUACAUUGAGGAUCUUUAUGCCUAUUACAGAAAAAUGGAGAACUCUAGCUGUGUAUCCCCAGAUUACAUGGCAAAACAGCCUGACAUCAAUGAGAGGAUGAGGGCGAUACUAAUCGACUGGCUUAUUGAGGUGCAUCACAAGUUUGAACUCCGGGAAGAGACCUUGUUCCUUACUGUCAACCUUAUAGAUAGGUUCUUAGAGAAACAAGGCAUCGUGAGAAAGAAACUUCAGCUCGUUGGGUUGGUCGCCAUGCUGCUAGCCUGCAAGUACGAGGAGGUUUCUGUCCCGAUCGUCGAUGAUUUGGUGACCAUUUCAGACAAGGCUUACACAAAACAACAAGUUCUUGACAUGGAGAGUUGUAUGCUCAACACACUGCAAUUCAACAUGUCGGUCCCGACUCCUUAUGUGUUCCUGAGGAGAUUCCUCAAGGCCACACAGGCUGACAAGAAGAUGGAGUUAUUGUCUUUUUUCUUGAUUGAGCUGUGCCUUGUGGAGUACAAAAUGCUGAAAGUUCCACCAUCCACUUUGGCCGCGGCUGCAGUCUACACUGCUCAGUGCUCACUCCACUGUCUCAGGCAAUGGAGCCAAACCUGUGAAUGGCACACUGGCUACUCAGAACAUCAACUUCUGGAAAGCUCAAGAAUGAUGGUGAGCCUGCACCAGAAGGCAGCAACAGGGAAGCUUACAGGAGUGUAUAGGAAGUACAGCAUAUCAAGAUUUGGGUGUGUGGCAAAGUGUGAGCCACCCACUUUUCUGCUUAUUCAAGAAUAGCAAUAUGCAGAGAAAGAGAGAGAUAUAGAGAGAGAGAGAGAAGAGAGAGAGUUUUACAUGGCUUUUUCUGCAAAUUACAAUUAUGGAUUUGGUUGGGGGAGAGGGGGGGUAAGUAUAGUGUUCUUACAGAAAUAAGUUAGAAAAAGCAACAGUCUUGAGUUGCCCCCAGGUGUGAAUUGUGAGAAGGGUGCUUUGAUUGCUUUCAAUUGGACAUUCAAUUUGGAGAUUAAUCUUUUUUUUUU